AUGUUACCAGACAGCAGCAUCUCCCUACAGACAUAUCUGAAGGAUCAGCUGAAGAUCGCUGAAGUUGGAGACAGCAUUCAUCUGUCUUGCUUCAGGUCAAAAGAUAAAAUAACUACCAUUAGCGGCCGCUUUAAAACACAAACAGCACCUGGCAGUUUUAAUUUAACCAUCUCUAAUUUAGAGCCAUCAGACACAGCAACAUACCACUGCGCUGUUAUAUAUUUUUAUGAUAUCACCUUUGGAGAAGGCACUGUUCUCAUUGUCGAAAGUGCACGACUGACAAGGCACAAAGUUCUCCAGCAGCCUGAAUUAGACGCAGUUCAUCCAGGAGACUCUGUGACUCUGCAGUGUUCAGUGCUCACUGAGAGCUGCUCAGGAGAACACAGUGUGUACUGGUUCAGACAUGGAUCAGGAGAAUCUCAUCCAGGAAGUAUCUACAUUCAUCCACACACCAGUGAUGAGUGUAAGAAAAGCUCUGAGACUGAUUCUCCUACACAGAGCUGUGUCUACAAACUCCCCAAGAGAAACCUCAGCCUCUCUGAUGCUGGAACUUACUACUGUGCUGUGGCUGCAUGUGGACAGAUACUGUUUGGAAACGGAACUGAACUAAAUAUCACAGGUAAAGUUUCACAUGGAUUUCCAUGA